AUGUCUUCCACCAAUUCCCGUGUCGUCGACUCGUCUUGCAAUAAGAAUCUUCCAUCUCAUCAUCGGGCGAACCAUCGGAAAUCGUCCAAAACCAUUCUCACCUGUCAGAUAAUGUUCUUUCUUGUGUUUGUUUCGUUGUCAGUGCUGGUUCAAUCCAAGUCCAUGAUUAGUGGUGGAACUCAGGCACAACCACAUCAAUUUCCCUUCUACGGAGGAAUGGCAUUACCGGGUAUUGAUAAAAUUGUUUGCAGUGGAUUUUUCUAUCGAGAAGAUAUUUUCAUUUCUCUCGCAAAUUGUCAAGGAAAUAAUUAUAAGGUGACUGAUUUGUUAAUUUAUGCAGGUUCUAACGAUCGAAGAUGUUGGGAUAACCAAGUUCAUUGUGCUGUAUUUAAUGUAGUUUCGACUGUGACACAUCCUGGAUAUAGUGCCAAAACACUGGCCAAUGAUAUUGGAAUUUAUGUAUUGAAAGAAUCAAUUUUUUCUGUUGUGAAAAAUCGAAGUGAUGUAGUUGUUUCCACAUUGGAUAUUACUAAUGAAUUACCAAAAUUUAAUUCGACUUUUUAUGACUUGAUGGGAUGGGGAAGAUUGAACAUUAGUGCAUCAAGUGGACCUUACAUGCUUCAAACCAUUCCUCAAACCAUUGUUGAAGAUACACUCUGUCUUAAUGCUGAUACGAAUAGAAAAUAUAAUUCAGAAUUGAUGAAAUGUGUGAAUGGAGGAGGACAUGGUGGAUGUUUAGGAGAUGGUGGAAGUCCAUUAGUCUUUAAAAACAAUACUCGUUAUGAAGCUGCAGCCAUGUUCAGUUUUUCAUUGGGAAAUACGGAAAAUAUUUGUGAGGAAGGAACUUAUCAUGCCUAUCUCGCUCUUCCAAAAUAUAAGAAAUGGAUUGAUGAAACCAUUGUUUCUCUUAAAAGCGAUGCAGUGACAAGGUUCUCAUUCUUUUCACACAUGAGUGUCUUGUUUUUGAUGCUUCUUGUUGGGUUAAUGAUUUUAAUUUAG